AUGGUCCCACCACACCACUACCACACCCCACCCCUCCAAUACCACACCCCGCCCCCUCCACCCACGCCCCACCACUACCACACCCCGCCCCCUCCACCCACACCACUACCACGCCCCGCCUCACCACUACCACACCCCGCCCCCUCCACCCACACCACUACCACGCCCGCCUCACCACUACCACACCCCGCCCCUCCACCCCCGUCCACCCACGCCCCGUCCACCCACGCCCCGUCCACCCGCCCCCACCACCCACGCCCACCACUACCACGCCCCACCACUACCACGCCCCACCACUACCACGCCCCACCACUACCACGCCCCACCACUACCACGCCCCACCACUACCACGCCCCCCACCACCCACCACACACGCCCCACCACUACCACACGCCCCACCACUACCACACGCCCCACCACUACCACACGCCCACCACUACCACACGCCCCACCACUACCACACGCCCCACCACUACCACACGCCCCACCACUACCCACGCCCCACCACUACCACACGCCCCACCACUACCACACGCCCACCACUACCACACGCCCCACCACUACCACACGCCCCACCACUACCACACGCCCACCACUACCACACGCCCCACCACUACCACACGCCCCACCACUACCACACGCCCCACCACCUCCACCCACGCCCCACCACUACCACACCCCACCACUACCACACCCCGCCCCUUCACCCACACCCCACCACCACCACCCACGCCACACCCCGCCCCCUCCACCCACGCCCCACCACUACCACACCCUGCCUCACCACUACCACACCCAGUCCCUCCACUACCACACCCCGCCCCCUCCACCCACACCACACAACUACCACACCCCGCCUCCUCCACCCACACCACUACCACGCCCCGCCUCACCACUACCACGCCCCGCCCCUCCACCCACACCACACCCCGCCCCUCCACCCACUCCCUCCACUACCACACCCCCCCCCUCCACCCACACCGCACAACUACCACACCCCGCCUCAUCCACCCACACCACUACCACGCCCCGCCUCACCACUACCACACCCCGCCCCUCCACCCACGCCCCACCACUACCACACCCCGCCUCACCACUACCACGCCCCGCCCCUCCACCCACACCACGCCCCGCCCCCUCCACCCACGCCCCACCACUACCACACCCUGCCUCACCACUACCACACCCAGUCCCUCCACUACCACACCCCGCCCCCUCCACCCACACCGCACAACUACCACACCCCGCCUCAUCCACCCACACCACUACCACGCCCGCCUCACCACUACCACACCCCGCCCCUCCACCCACGCCCCACCACUACCACACCCCGCCUCCUCCACCCACACCACUACCACGCCCCGCCUCACCACUACCACACCCGCCCCUUCCACCCACACCACACCCCGCCCCUCCACCCACCCACGCCCCGCCCCCUCCACCCACGCCCCACCACUACCCCUCCACCCACACCACGCCCCGCCGCCUCCACCCACGCCCCACCACUACCACACCCCGCCCCCUCCACUCCACCCAGCCUCCUCCACUCCACCCCAGCCCCCAUCCUGUAUCCUUCCUUCAGAACAACUCUGCUGA